AUGCUGGUGUGUGUGUGCGGUACCACGCUGAGCUUCGCCUCCAGUGUGCGGGGUCGCUGGCUGCUGGGCAGGUCGGGGUGCAUGUGGUACGGCUUCAUCAACUCCUGCUUCGGUAUUGUGUCCCUAAUAUCCCUGGUGAUAUUGUCCUAUGACCGGUACAGCACGAUGACGGUGUAUAACAAGCGGGGUCCGGACUACCGUAAGCCUUUGCUGGCAGUUGCAGGCUCGUGGAUAUAUUAUUUUAUUUGGACUGUGCCACCUCUACUGGGCUGGAGUAGCUACGGGUUAGAGGGAGCUGGCACCAGCUGUUCAGUGUCAUGGACCGAACACUGUACCCAGUCUCACUCCUAUAUCAUCUGCCUUUUUAUCUUCUGCCUCGGCCUGCCGGUGCUGGUCAUGGUUUACAGCUAUGGGAGGCUGUUAUACACUGUCAAGCAGAUCGGGAAGAUCCGGAGGACAGCAGCUCAGAAAAGAGAGUAUCACCUAUUGUUUAUGAUCGUAACUACAAUAGUGUGCUACCUGCUAUGCUGGACUCCAUACAGCGUGGUGGCCAUAAUGGCAACGUUUGGUCGGCCGGGAAUCAUCACGCCUGUAGCGAGCGUGGUGCCCUCUCUCCUCGCCAAGAGCAGUACCGUUAUCAACCCAAUCAUAUACAUCCUCAUGAACAAACAGGUAAGAUCUAAGUAA